CACAUGGCACGGAACGUGUUAAAGCAGAAGAAAGUAAAACGUCGUAGUCAUUGUACCUAGCGCGAAUAAAUAUCGUCUGGAGGCGGAUAUACAAGCUACGAGGAAAUGCUGCUUAGGAGACUCGAUGCCGUCUGCGGCAUCUCCGUCGAGUCGCACGGUCUCCAUACCGUCUUCGUUGCCAAUCGGGUUCUUCUCAACAUCGUCGAGCGUUUCGACACUCGCCAAUCCAGCAGCCCCGGUAGCCCCUAAUUCCACCUCGCCUUCCUGCAAUAAUUUACAACAUACGUUGAGAAAUAUGCGCUCAGCUGGCCCUCGCUUAUUCGUAGAAAUUUGUAAUUAGAAUUAAAAUAUCUAAAAAAUGACUAAAAAAGCAGUAGUGCAUGCUCGAGCGUAAUGAAUUACAUGUUGUCAAGGAACUCUACAGGGUACCGCUCGAUUCAUUCUUAUCUUACUAUUCCUGAGGAUGUUUCCAAGCGUUUCAACGUGUCUAAAGAGAGAUUAUCUCGUUAAGAUGAAACGAAAGAAAGGAAAAAAAGGGAAAAAGGCCAAAUAUCAGCUAUUCAACUACCUUGUUCUUCUUUCUAGGGAAAACAGAAACUAAGGGCAACUUUAUGGCGCCGAGGAUCCCCUUGCGGCCUUCUUUCUCCUUCGCGUCUUUAUUCGGCGUGCUUGUUCUCUCCGACGAAGCACAUUGAUCAAUUUCUUUAACAGGUUUCUCCGUCGUCGUAUCGCCUUCUCCAGCAUCGGUCGGUUUACCAUCGUCUUCUUUGCAAAGUUCUUUGCUCUUUGUACGACAGAAGCCGGGCAUCUUAAUACCGCCAAUUGGAAUUUUCUUUUUAGGUUUCUGGUCUUCGGUCUCCGCGUCUGGUGCGGUCGAUGCCACUGUGUGUUUUGUGUUUUCAGCGUUCAACAUUUUCUCUCUCUCCUCCUCCGCGAUCUCUUUCUUAUCCAUACUCUUUUCUUGAUCCUCUUGGCUCAUGACUCAAUCUCUUCCCAGGAGAGGGACGCUACUCGAAUUUUGCGGGAACGUUGCUAUUUCCCCGUGUUGAAAAGCUGCCGAUUGGCCGGCCAAUGUCAAGCUGGUCGCGUUGAUCCUACCGGCAACGAUCACUUCAUCGAUCGUCCGAUGAUAUUUAAAUUUGAUUCCGGCACCUUGCGAGGAAACUGUUUCAAACGGAGAUCAAAUGUCACCACAAACGAAGCUUAAGGCAUGCCUACCUCGACUGUCGUCCUACGAGUCGUUCACGAUGCGUUCCCCCCCAUCGCCGCGAUUUUGACGCGAUGCGACGCUACUAUUGGUCGAUUUUAACUGUGCGCGAUCGCUUUGUUUCAAACAGCUCGCAUUACCUGCUCCUUUUUUCCCUCUUUCUACCUGUUACAAUAUCGUUGCACGAUCUAACAGCUCUGCUUGCUUCUGUAAGAAUCAACCGUCGCCUUGCAGAAAACAUUUCAUUUGUAAACAUAUCAUUUCCUCCGAGUCAAUUUGCGUUGUUAAAUUCUCUUAAAUUUAUCCUGCAAUUGUGACAUGAAACUUCAAGAAUCUCAUCGUUAUUCUUAUCAUUAGUGUUUUUACUUCCAUCUAGGCCUUAGAUGUUGAAGUUAUUUUUUUACAACCAAAUGUUGCAAAGUAAAUUAAAACGGAACCUAAGCGUCUUCAACUGUUAAAUAUUGUAAUGAAUAUUGUACUUCGCUGAACAUCCAGUUGUUUAACAAUUAUAUAUAGCACGGUGAUCUGAAUCGUGUGCCGGCACAUAAGUUAGGUUAACCAAACAUACGAUUUUCUAUGACGACAAUUCAACGAAAAAUGCUAGUUGAAAGAACUUGUGGGCUUGUCGAAAGCCAAUUGUUUACCGCAAAAGAAAAAGUAAAAACAGUACAAUCACCAUUAAUAAGGAGAGGAAAGGAUAUUCGGAAUCGAAUAAAAAUAUUUUGAAUCGCACACCGGCAAAGUCGUGCACGGUGGUGAGUUCGCGCUUCGUCGUGUACUACGCAUGCGCGCUCCUCCUAAAGUAAAUCCGCGUCGUCGCCGUCGUAACAUCGUACUUGCGUUGUACUCGUUUCGCGACGUAGCGUGCAUCGUAGCUGUACAAAGCGUAUACACAUCUCUCGUUUGACAGUUCAAUUUUAACGCGCGCAUCUGUAAUCCACGAUCCCGAUAUCGCCGGGAUUCUGUCCACUCCGGUGUUAACCUUUCCUUCUCUUCGAGAACGUUCGAGGCUCGCUUGCCAUUGACAUGCCUCUCAUCGAACUUGGAGGAUCGGUCUGUGAGAAAGCCCGCUCGUAUCUUGCGAUACUGGAUACGUAAAGCGUUCAUAAUGUGUUCGAAGAGGAAUGUAUCGACGUUCACGUGCCUAGAGACGAGAUUCCUGCGUCUCCUCUGGACAUCGCGGGGUUAAACCUCUCGGCUCGACAGACAGCGUAGCUAGUUAGAUAGAUAGCGUAAAUAGUUAGAGGGGGCAAAAGGUGUAGCCAGAGGAAGGCAAACCAAGUCGUCGGAAAAAUCGAAGGAAGGUUCCGGAUUUUAGAUUUUUCCAAGUCGGGGAUCGCGAGGAAAAAAUACGGCCGAUCAAUGUUUUAUUUGUGAUGGGAGUGCCUGCGCGGGGAGCACUCGCGGCGAUUGUCGCCAUAAGCGCGUUCGCCGUCUAUUUGAACAGCCUUAAUUGCGGCUUCGUUUUCGAUGACAUUUCAGCGAUAAAAGAUAAUCGUGACUUGAGGCCUCAUACACCGUUGAAAAACGUUUUUUACAAUGAUUUCUGGGGCACUCCUAUGCACAAGGAGCAGUCGCACAAAUCGUACAGGCCUUUGUGCGUUCUCACAUUUCGAUGGAAUUACCUGAUUCACCAGUUGGAUCCUAUGGGAUAUCACUUGCUUAAUGUUAUUCUACAUGUUGGAGUAUGCUUAUUAUAUUUCAGGUUACAGGAGUGGUCGGAAGAGCAGAAACAUUGUCCUCUUUAUUUUAUUUAGCGGCUUUAAUCAUGUAUACUAAAUGCUGCAGAAGUAGAAGGUCUACAGGUUGGAAAUCUUUGAUAUUAUCUAUGUCUUUUGUUUUCACUGCCAUGUUGUGCAAAGAACAAGGAAUAACAGCUACUGCAGUUUGUGUAUUCUAUGAGAUUUUUGUUGUACAAAAGGUAAGAGCAAUGGAUAUCUUCUUGACGUUAAAGGCAGCUUUUGGUGGGAAAAAGAUAUCGCUCACUUGGUCCAGUGAAGGUACAAAACGACUGACAGUCCUUACGCUUGUCACAUUUAGUUUACUUAUUCUUCGGCUACAUGUAAUGGGCUCAAAGUUACCUGUAUUUACCAGAUUUGACAAUCCUGCAUCUGUGGCCCCAACGCCAAUAAGGCAGCUUACCUAUAAUUACCUCGCAGCAGUUAAUCUGAGGCUGCUAUUUCUUCCAAGCGAUUUAUGCUGUGAUUGGACUAUGGGAACGAUACCAUUGAUAGAAAGUUUUACAGAUCCUCGCAAUCUGGCUACUAUAGCGACUCAUACGACCAUAUUAGGAUUGUUGAUAACAGCAAUUUUAACACCUAAUAGACAAACUUCCAUUAUUCUUAUAAUGAGCUUGGCUAUGAUGAUACUCCCAUUUUUACCUGCCUCAAAUCUCUUCUUCCCAGUUGGAUUCGUCAUUGCCGAAAGAGUAUUGUACGCCCCAUCUAUGGGAUUUUGUAUGCUUAUCGGAUAUGGGUGGAGCAUUCUAUGCGAUAAAAAAUUUAAGAAAUUAACACUAUUUUUAUUAAUAACUCUUUUGGCUGCGCACACAACGAAAACUUUCAUCAGGAAUUACGAUUGGCUGGAUGAAUAUUCCAUAUUCAUGUCGGGAUUAAAAGUGAACGACCGCAACGCCAAAUUAUUCAACAACGUUGGACACGCUUUGGAAAGUCAAGGGAAAUUUAAGGAAGCGUUAAAUUUUUUUAAUAUGGCUGUGCAAGUUCAAGGCGAUGACAUUGGUGCGCACAUCAACGUGGGUAGGACUUACAACCAUUUGAAAAUGUUUAAAGAAGCCGAAGACGCGUAUUUGAAGGCAAAAUCUUUACUACCGAAAGCGAAACCGGGAGAAUCUUACCAAGCGCGAAUAGCUCCGAAUCAUUUGAAUGUUUUUGUAAAUUUAGCAAACCUAAUAGCAAAGAAUGCAACUAGGUUAGAAGAAGCUGAUCUGCUUUAUAGGCAAGCCAUUAGUAUGCGCGCCGAUUACACACAAGCAUAUAUUAAUCGGGGCGAUGUUUUAAUUAAACUUAAUCGUACCAAAGAAGCGCAGGAAGUUUACGAACGGGCACUUUUCUACGACAGUAACAAUCCAGACAUUUAUUACAACCUUGGAGUCGUAUUUCUUGAACAAGGAAAAGCAUCUCAAGCUCUGGCGUAUCUUGACAAGGCUCUCGAAUUUGAUCCAGAACACGAACAAGCAUUACUCAAUUCAGCAAUUUUGCUUCAAGAGUUAGGUCGUGCUGAAUUGCGGAAAGUGGCCAGAGAAAGACUGCUGAAACUUUUGCGAAAAGACUCUAAUAACGAACGGGUUCAUUUCAAUCUUGGAAUGCUGGCUAUGGACGAUCACGACAGCGGUAGCGCAGAACGAUGGUUUCGCAAUGCCGUUGCUCUCAAAGAGGAUUUCCGUUCUGCAUUAUUUAAUUUGGCUCUCUUGCUAGCGGACGAACAACGUCCCCUUGAAGCUGCUCCAUUUUUAAACCAAUUAGUUAGAUUUCACCCGGACCACGUUAAAGGAUUAAUCCUCCUAGGUGAUAUUUAUAUAAAUAACAUAAAAGAUUUGGACGCUGCUGAAAAUUGUUAUCGGAGAAUACUGCAGCUAGAUCCAACAAAUAUCCAAGGUCUUCAUAACUUGUGCGUCGUGAUGGUGGAGCGUGGUAAGUUAGGCUUAGCCGCUCAAUGUUUGGAACGAGCAGCAGCUCUGGCACCUCAUCAGGACUACGUGCACAGACACUUGGCUAUCGUGAAGGCUCGUAUCAGCAGACUACCUCCGGAGCAACGUGACACAGAGAUAUUCGAUGAUUUCUUUUGGCAAACGAGCGCCAAGGAGAGGAACUUCAUGGGGGAUAUUUCCAGCAGCAGUAGCGUUGGUAGCACUAGCGGCGCAAGUGGUCUCGGCAAUAUGGAAAAUAGCGGUAGCCAGUUCUUAGGCAAAACGGAUUCUGUAUUUUCGAAUCACCAUAAUCACAUAGGCCAUAAGAAAAGCACGAACUCAAUCAAUAAUCACAUUGCGCAUCUAAAGAGUUCAUCGAAAUCUGCGAGACUUCCGUUGAGCGAGAUGAAACCGGAAGCGAAGGACACACACGUCAGCCGUGACAGGUCGUCGACGAGUUCAAACGAGCAGCAGGAGUUCUCGCCUAGAAGGGUCUUUGGCAAAGGCAUGAGCUCAGAUGCAACGGAAUUGACAAUCGAUCGAGAACGUGCGACUAAAAUAAUUAGCUCGGAGAAGUUCGAUAGGGCUACACCGGCAUUUUCAACUGGCGAGAAGCAUGCUGGAACUACACGUCAAAAGGACACCGCACUUUCAUAGUACUGACAUUUGAAAAUUGCGCCGAAUACUGUAUAAAGUUAUAUUCUACAUAUAACGAAAGAAUAAUGGUGGUACAGUCGUAUAGAGCUAAUGUGUGAAUAUAAAAUAAAUACAGAGUAUUGUUUUAUAUGCUGUACGAAUAGAACGUUUUGUAAAAUAUAUUUAAAAAAUGUGCAACCCCUUGGUCUUGUCUUUGCAAUUCUACGCUGAUAGAGUCUUUAUCUCUAUUCACAAGUAAUUCCUUCUAUCUUCCAGGUACUUGUACUAGAUUCUUGUGUUACGCUUGAAUCUUUUGUUUAUUAAAAAAAAAAGGAAAAACAAUUUUCAACCUAA